ACUUGUCCUGCUACGACAAGUGCCUGCCGUGCUGGGUCUGCGGCCCAACCCCGCUGGCCAACAGCUGCAAUGAGCCCUGUGUCAGGCAGUGCCAGGGCUCCACCGUUGUCAUCCAGCCCUCCCCCGUGGUGGUGACCCUGCCUGGCCCCAUCCUUAGCUCAUACCCGCAGAACACCCUU